AUAAAAACAACAACAUGAACUUCACUUUCUUGAACUCAAUUGUUGAAAGAGUGUCACUAAGGCUACCAUUACUAUUCUAUGCAGCAACAUGGACAACUAUUCUGACAAUAAUCGUAGCGUUGGCAUCAUUUUCUCCAGAAUUAGCCUUUGUUACCGCGAUAACACCUUCUUCUUCCUUCUCUCAAGCUUGUCAUCAUGAUCAUAAUCGUAACGAAAAAGGAUAUGUAAGAAUACCAUUGGAUCUUCCAUUAGAGGUUUUUUGUUUUCCUUCUCAAGUUUUUAAAAGAUCUCAAAUGGAUUUAAUUGUUCCUCCUAUCUUUGCUGCUACUAUUGUGGCUCUAUCUGCUUAUGUUGUUAAAGCUUUAGCUUUAUGGGAAGUUGAUGAUCAACAUAAUAAUCAAUUUUGACUUUUUCUUGUUUA